AUGAAUCGGGUCCCGACUACUGAUUCUCCACCAAAUGGCUCAACACAACCAGCACUACUGACAGAAGAAAGCAUUUUCGAACAACCAGAUGCAGAAGAUUGGGGCAAUUUCGUCGAUUCUGAUGAAGAGCCCGACGUCGAGUUUGCGUGCGAAUAUAUCAACCUCUACCCUAAAGGUUUCUGUUACCCAAUUUCCAUUGGUGAGGUUAUUGUCGAGCGAUAUCGUGUUGUUCAUAAGCUUGGUCAUGGAGCAUUUUCGACCAUUUGGAUGGCUUAUGACAUGGUUGAAAAUAAGGAUGUUGCACUCAAGAUACUGAUGCUGGGGGAUUCAGACAACUCUGACUACGGGAUGCAGACCCUCAAGGCCAACAUCGUGUCUUUGUCCUUCCGCUACAAGGACCAAACUUAA